AUGGCCGCGCGGUCCCGGCGCCCCUGGCUGAGUGUCGUCCUGGGGCUGAUCUUGGGGUUCACUGUCGCCUCCUGGCUCAUCGCCCCCAAAGUGGUCGAGCUGAGCGAGAGGAAAAGGCGCGGCGGCCACGGCGGCUCCCUGAGUGGAGGAGGCGGCGGCGGCGAGGGCAGCAAUAACCUCUGUGCUUUCUACGGCCGCGUGGCUGGUCUGCCCGGAGGAAAGAGGCAGCUGCGACCCGAGGAGCCGGCGGUGACGGCCGCCGGCUUGGGGGGCACCGGUGGGAGACACAGGCGGUGGGAGAAGGAGAGGGAGCCGCGGCCGCCCCCGGCGCCGCCCGCCGCAGAUGGGCCAGUGCCGAGUCUCCCGGUUGCAGCUGCUGGAAGAGACCCUCAGGAGGAGGAGGAGGAAGAGGAAGGCGGCGCCGGCCGCCACGGCAGCAGCCACAACGGCAGCGGGGACUACGCGGGCACCCCGGGUUGUGCCAAAACCCGGCACUUCCUUUACGUCGGGGUGAUGACCGCCCAGAAGUACCUGGGCAGCCGAGCGCUCGCAGCGCAGCGGACCUGGGCGCGCUCCAUCUCCGGCCGGGUGGAGUUCUUCUCUAGCGAGGGAUCGGUCCCUCCUCCCGGCCUAAAAGGGGAGCAGCCCCUGCCGGUCGUGGCUUUGCCCGGCGUCGACGACGCGUACCCGCCGCAAAAGAAAUCCUUCAUGAUGCUCAAGUACAUGUACGACCACUACCUGGACACCUAUGAGUGGUUCAUGCGGGCGGACGACGAUGUCUACAUCAAAGGUGAAAAAUUGGAGGAGUUCCUUCGGUCAUUGAAUAGCAGCAAACCCCUUUAUUUGGGACAGACAGGACUAGGAAAUACAGAAGAACUUGGAAAAUUGGGUCUUGAACCAGGAGAGAACUUCUGCAUGGGAGGACCUGGAAUGAUCUUCAGUCGUGAGGUUCUCAGAAGGAUGGUACCACAUAUAGGUGAAUGUCUUCAGGAGAUGUACACGACUCAUGAGGAUGUGGAAGUGGGCAGAUGUGUUCGGCGAUUUGGUGGUACUCAGUGUGUCUGGUCAUAUGAGAUGCAGCAAUUGUUCCAUGAAAACUAUGAACGCAACCGGAAAGGUUACAUACAGGAUCUUCACAACAGCAAAAUUCACACUGCAAUUACGCUUCAUCCAAAUAAAAGGCCAGCCUAUCAGUAUAGGCUUCAUAACUACAUAUUGACCCGUAAAAUUUCAGAAUUGCGUUACCGCACCAUCCAGCUCCAUAGAGAAAGUGCUCUCAUGAGUAAGCUUGGUAAUGAUGAAAUAAGCAAAGAAGAUCAGCUUCUGGGAAUGACGCCGUCGUUCAGUCGUUUCCAGCCCCGUGACAGGAAUGAAGUCAUUGAAUGGGAUUUUCUGACUGGAAAGCUCCUUUAUUCAAUAGCUGAGAAUCAGCCACCUAGACAAAACAUUAAUAACAUCCAGCGAGCAGCAUUAGAUGACAUUGUAAUGCAGGUAAUGGAAAUAAUCAAUGAGAACUCUAAAUCUAGAGGAAGGCUUAUUGACUUCAAUGAAAUACAGUAUGGAUACCGCAGGGUUGACCCUCUGCACGGUGUAGAGUAUAUUCUGGAUUUGCUGCUUUUAUAUAAAAGGCACAAAGGAAGAAAGGUCACUGUUCCAGUUCGGAGACAUGCUUACCUUCAACAAUUAUUUAGUAAGCCUUUUUUCAGAGAGGAAGAAGAACUGGAUGUGAGAAGUGUGAUGGAAAAUGAGCAGAGUGACACACAAUCCCUCUCUCUCCUUUCUAAUUCUCUGAAGAUGUUCUCGCCAUUUAAAGACACCAAAGAAUUAAGGGAAAGCAAUACCAAGAAGAUACACAUUCUUGUCCCUCUCACAGGAAGAUACAAUAUUUUCUUGAGAUUUAUGGAGAAUUUUGAAAAGACUUGCCUUGUUACAAAGCAGAACGUGCGGCUGGCGGUUAUUCUCUUUAGCCCAGAUUCUAGUCAGGAGUCCAGUAAACAUAUAGAAUUGAUCAAUGCAUAUCGCAAUAAGUAUCCAAUGGCAGACAUCACUGUUAUUCCCAUGGCAGGAGCUUUUUCAAGAGGUUUGGGUCUUGAAACGGCUUCCUCUCAGUUUGAUAAUGAUACGUUGCUACUAUUCUGUGAUGUUGACCUAAUAUUUACUCCUGACUUUCUUCAGCGGUGUCGAGCUAACACCAUCCAAGGAGAACAAGUUUACUACCCUAUUAUUUUCAGCCAGUAUGACCCCAAAGUAACCUAUGGAGGCCAUCCUCCUGUGGACAGUUAUUUUGUUUUCACUAAGAAAACAGGGUUUUGGAGAGAUUAUGGGUUUGGUAUCACUUGCAUUUAUAAAAGUGAUCUUAUAAAUGUAGGCGGAUUUGAUACUUCAAUUCAAGGUUGGGGACUUGAGGAUGUAGACCUUUUUUCUAAAGUGGUAACUUCUGGCUUGAAGGCAUUUAGAAGCCAAGAAGUGGGAGUUGUGCAUGUGUUCCAUCCAGUUCAUUGUGAUCCCAGUCUAGAGUCUAAACAAUACAAGAUGUGCUUGGGGUCUAAAGCAAGUACAUUUGGCUCUGCAAUGCAGCUAGCUGAAAUAUGGCUAGAAAAGCAUUUAGGUCUUAGGUAUAAUCAUACUUUCUCCUGAUAUUUUAACUGGGACUGGCUUCCUAGGAGAAGUUUACCUCAUUGCUUUUCCAUUUCAUCAUUGCAUUCUUAAACUUCUCUCUGUCUUCCAAAGGAUUUGUCUCUGACCUUUAACAAACUUCUAUUAGGAAUAUUGGAGACUCCUGCUGAACUGAUGUGUCUUUCUGUUCGUGAUCCAUAAACUGAGUGAAAUCAUUGCAACAGGACAGUUGCAGAGAUAACAUCCAUCACUAGGACCACAUCAGAAGAAUAGUCUCUUUGGA